AUGGCAACAGACUUACCGGCAGGUAACGGCAGUGAAGUUCUCGAGGAGACGCUGGGUCGUCUCUCCAAGAAGGCCGGCGUGAAGGCUACAAUACUACUGGACCGGUCAUCAGGGGCGAUCCUCAAGAUGGAGGGCCAGAUUACAAUGAUCCGAACAGCUGUUGGGCGCACCCGGAACGGCGUGACCGAAAGCCCAGCAAGCCCAGCCCUGGGUGGCUCAUUUGCAGGCGAUGCCAGUAACAACAACCUCAGCAUCGACGUCGACGAACUAGAUGAGACCCAGGGUGCGCGGGAGCUGGCUGGUCUGGUGUGGAAUUUCGUCAAAACGUCGGGAGACCUGGUUGAGGCCAUCGACACAGAGGACGAACUGAAGCUGCUCCGAUUACGAACCAAGAAGCAAGAACUCGUCAUCGUUCCCGACUCGAAAUACCUCCUGAUCGUGGUUCACGACACCCCUCCCGCAUAG